UAAGUCGUCGGUCUAUCCACUAGCGUAGAGUAUCUCGCUCUCCUCCUCCUGUAAGUCUAGUCGUCGUGAAAUCGUGAUCCGCCCUAUAGUGACUCAACGCCUCGUCCAGAGUCGUCCUAUAUUCUCCACACUCACUAUGAAAUACCCGCAUCUGGAUCUUCCCCCUCCGAAGUCGGUCUAAGGGCUUUUCCUCCUCGCUUGGAAGGUUAGGCCUAUUUCAGAUUCUCAUGAGUAGAACUUUCCCAAGAGGCUGGAUUGCAAUAUUUUCUCAAGGUUUCGUUAUUUUUCUUAUAACAAGAUGAUCGAGACUCGUGAGUGGGUUUUCCAUGUUACCUGUAAGGUCGAACCGGAAGAACAGGUGUGUGUUGUCGGAGGCUGUGAUUCCUUAGGGCAAUGGGACUCUCAGCGAAUAUUGCCUCUGUAUGUGGAGCCUUCCUCAUCAGGGGAGGAAGACGAAGGAGGGGAGACUCUUUGGUCUGGUGCUGCCCAACUUCCAUUGCAGGAGGUGGAGUAUCGGUACUGCGUCUGCAUUAUCUUAGAAGCUAAGCUGGGAGUCCACGAUGGAGCCAUCAUCGUUCGGCGAUGGGAAACAAACCUUCUUCCCAGGAAAGUUCCUGCUGGAGUGACUGCACCAAUGGAACCAACAGUGGAGAAAUUUGGCUCGUACAGUGGAUUUGAACGUGUUGAUCAUGGAUGGUUGGUGAAAGAGACUGUGGUUCAACUGAGGUUGUGCAACUCCAAUUUGUAUAAUGAUCCAGUCAUGCUCUUCAAGAGGAAGUAUCAGAACAAGAAGGUGAGAGUCAAGAUUACACCUGUGGAGCUUCACAAGAAUAGUCCCAUGGAACAGCAGAUAGGAACGCUUGACGAAAGUGGUGACUUCGAUUUAUCACAUUUUCGUAUUAAAAGUAAACCAAUCUGGCCCAUAACUGAAAUUGCGGUGAUGAAAGAGAACUUUUGUCAGUUCAAGCCACAGGAUCAGUUUGGAGUGGUUUGCAACAAUGGUGACUACGUCGUGUUCCAGUGCAAGAUGCUCAGCGUAGAGACGAAUGCUUUCUUGUGCGACUUUUACGUGGAGGAUCCCAGCGAAGAAAUACCCCAGUAUCUAGGAUGUUCGUAUAUUUUGCCAUCAAAUAUGAAAGAGAACUAUGGUGUGGUCACACUGCCCAUCACCUCUGCAAAGCACAUUCCUGUUGGACAGCUGACAAUUCACUAUAUGGUUGUGUAUCCAAUGGAGUUUGGCGGUGACAUGAGUGUGUCUUAUGCAAGGCACUGGAAGGACAGCUGGAAGGGACUGGAGGUUGGUCAUCGAGGGGCUGGAAAUUCUUAUCACACGGAGCCUAAAAGCUGUGCAAACAUCAGGGAAAAUACAGUCGCCUCACUGAAAUAUGCUGCGGAGCUUGGCGCUGAUAUGGUGGAGUUUGACGUGCAGCUCAGCAAAGAUCUCAUUCCUGUUAUUUACCAUGACUUCCAUGCUUGCAUUGCUUUGAAGAGAAAGAAGGAACAGGACCAGACAGACCUUUUGGAGAUUCCUGUAAAGGACUUAACACUGUCACAGUUGCAAGCUCUGAAGGAUCUGAGUCAUCUCACUGAAGGCAUCCCGUGCGACAUCCUCUCUUACUGUGAUAAUGAAGACCUGGUCUAUCAUAAAAUGGAGAAAGGACUCAGCAAGUUCCAGGACGAGGACUUUGAAGACCACCAGCCUUUCCCCACUCUCCAAAAGGCCCUCGAGACAGUUCCUCACACCUGUGGGUUCAACGUAGAAGUCAAGUGGACAAUGCAGCUGAGAGACGGGACGUACGAGUUACAGCAUCCCUUUGAACUCAAUCGAUUCUUGGACUUGAUUAUCAAAGUCAUCCUUGAACACGCUGGGAAAAGAAAAAUUGUCUUCUCUUGCUUCCAUCCUGACAUAUGCACAAUGCUGCGGUUGAAACAGAAUCGUUAUCCAGUGAUGUUCCUGACUCAGGGUGAAUCGGAAGAAUGGCCUCCAUACGAAGACCAGCGCACGUCAUCCAUUAAACAUGCUAUUCUCUAUGCCACAAAUGCUGAUAUUCUUGGAAUUAACGUCCACACAGAGGAUUUGAUGCGUGAUUCUUCCCUUGUAAAAUUAGCCCUGGAGCACAGUCUUAUUGUAUUUUGUUGGGGCGAUCACAACAAUGAUCAGGAAACAAUAAAGUUUUUGAAAGAAUUGGGUCUUCAUGGUAUUAUUUAUGACAAAAUUGAUGUCUACAACACCAAAGUGAAGAAGGAGAGUAUCUUCCUUUGUGAGGAGAGAGAAUCUGGUCAGCCGUUGAUUACAGCCAGCAACGGCGACCAUGUGGAUCAUUGUAGUAAAGAGGGCAACACUACAGGUUGCUUUGCUGUUGUUUGCAAAUAGAUGAAAGUCACAGAUUACAUUUAUGGUGGAAAACAAAAUGAAAUGAGAAAGCAUCACUCCCUACUUCUCUAAAAUAUUUCAGAUGGAAAUUGUAGGUAAGCGUAUGAAGAUGUAAUAUUUUGUAUUUUCUUGAAUGUUACAUUUUUUUACCUUAAUCCUUGUCAGAGAUUACUUACAGGGGCAUAGUGAAGGCUGGAUAUGUGAAUAAUGUUCAGUGUAAAUACAGAUGCAUCAUAAAAUGCCCACAUACUUCCAGAAUGCAGACAAAUGCACACCCCAGUUUCUCCUUCCAUGAACAGCAUUGCCAUUGCCAUUGUUAAAUUGGAGCAUUUUGUUAAUAGAACAAUUUGUUGCUGUCGUUCAGAAAAAUAAGUUAACAUGUGAUCUGAAUCCAUGGUCAUUGUCAUACCAUAUUUAAUUUAAGGAGUAAUGUUAUAUUUUUUAUAUUUGUAUUGACGGAGUUUAUGUUUGGAAUAACUUAAGGAGAAAAUGAAGAUUGUCAGUCAUGAAGGAAAAAAAAUACAGCAGUGGCUAAAGUUGGUAGCUUUGAAAAUGGCCAACUUGAUGCAAUAUAUAAAGUUUCAUCUUAGUAUACUUAGAUAUCUUGGUGAGACACAGUAGGAAAACAGCUGCACACUUGUCAUCUUACGAACUUCUGAAGCUAGCCUACACCUCAAGUUGUAUGUAUAAACAUCUCAUGCAUAAGAUAGAUAGUAUACAGAACACUUUUUGAUAUUGGCAGUUUUUUAAAGGAAAUUUAUGCACUUUAGCUUUCAAUGUACUCUUUCAUGUUACAUAUGAUGCUAGAUUUACUUCCAAAUGCUGGAUCUUAAGCUCUUGACAGUUUUGACCACCAGUUUCACUGCUGAUUUUUCAAGUAACACUAGAAACAUGAAUAAUAAUACAUAGCUUCCAUCAGUUGAUGUAGUGAUUAUAUCUUUUAAAGUAAUUGUACUCGUUGUUUUGUUCUUGAAUAAUAGUGAUGGCUACUUGAGUAAAUCCUUUCACUGAUGACUGGAUGAACAUUUUAGUUUUAUGAUGUCACAGUACUGGUAUGUGUGAGUGGGCAGUGUUGUUGUCAGUCACAGGUAUUUCUGUGAGGAUGGCUUACAGUGAGCAUAAAGGAAUCUUGUUUCAAAUGUGGAUUGAGUGACUGUUGUGCAAGGGAGAGAGCUCUCUUGGAAAUUGGGAACCUUGGGUUAGAAUGUGCUUUUAUCACAAGUCAGGAUACCAUUUUUAAUUUAUAACCUAUAGGUAAUAAAUUUUAUUUUUACCUUUUGAUUUUAAUCAUUCAUUACAAAUGUAAGCUUGUGAUUGCAUCAUCAUCAUUGCUGGAAUAAACUUAUAUUAACAGUUUACUAGGAAGGGGAUAAUUUACUGAUGUUAUUUCAGUACUGAAGUUGAUAAUGAUCUUAUUUUAAAAUUUUGAAAGUCUGGAUACUUUUCUUAUUAAUAACUCUAUGGAGACAUUUUAGCUAUGAAGAUGAAUUGUAUAGGCACAUGCUGAAACAGGAGGGGCUUUUGCUACUAACAAAAUUAUAUAAAUUUUAAAGAUGUAGUGAAAGAUUUAUCAACUACAGAUAGUCUCUCCGUGUCCAAAUCUUUCUCGGCUGUAUUGCACAUAAAGCUCUUAAAGGUAUUGCCAUUUGUUGUUUUUUUUAAGUCACGUGCAUUUGCAAUAACUGCCACCAGUCACACUCGUUUGGAACCAGAGAAGAAUUUCACUCGAUGAGGAUCUUUUUAUGCUUAAUGUUGCCAGGCAUGAGCUUCCAUAGAAAGCACCUAAAAGCGUAAGUUUUGACUAGUAAGAUUUUCAUCUGUCACCUAAGGUGAGAAUUGUAAUUUGUAGAUGAUGAUAUACCCAACAUACUUGAUGUCAUUGUUGAUAACUUGACACUCUUAAGCGUCCAGUGUUGCCGUGCACGAUGGCACAAGAACACGUUUUAGUGUUUGCAGUAUCUUUGGUUUACAGUAAUACGACAUCAGGUAUGUUAGGAUGCUCAAUUACUUAUUCUUAAGGUUUUAUUUAUGAUUUCAAGGCUGGGUUAUUACUGAUGGAAAUGCCCAUGACUAGGGCGUUUUUACGGCUCAAGGUGAAUUCAGUACUUCAGGUUGUACUAACCAGGCCUUGUAUCAUACAUCCCCUCAGAGUACACCACAUGUUCAUAAGGACUGUUACUGGAUGGAAUCUAAGUUGACAGAGCUUAUAUAUUCCUUGAAAGUACCAUCAUGGAUUCAGACUCCUAUGGAGAGAAUUAUAUAUGAGACUACCUAACUAAAACUAGAGAAAAGUUUCUGUAAACUACGCUGUUGCAAAGCUAUCCUCCUUGAAAAGUGGAAAUAAAAAGUAAACUAACAA